AGAAGAAGGGGAACGGAGGUGGGCUAAAAGGUUAACACAGCAGAGUAGGGAGGCGAAGGGGCAGGUUGGCUGGGAAAGAUAGGCAGACAGCAGGGUGUAGGGUUUAAGGAUUUUGUGGCGCCCAGGUGCAACAUGAGGGUCCAGAAUAUCGUGCAGGACAACGAAAUAAAGUGCCAAGCAUUUAAGGACACAUACCUGGCAUAUGAGUAUCUAUGGAAGAACGACCUUCAGGCUAGCCUAGCAGAGUUUCUGGAUUCAGGCCCUGGAGAAGAAGGGAAGAAAGAGGAGCCUGGCCUGGAAAAGUUUGAUGAACAGAUCUCUAAAUACAAGGCUGUUCAAGAACAAAUCCAGCAGCUUCCUGCUUCCGUGACGAUUGGUUGGGUGCGAAUAGAUGCCAAGCCUAUCAAGCAAGCCCUAAGUACUUGGGUCACCAAAUGGGUGUUCUUGUUCACGCAUCAUCUCUCCAACAGAGUGGCUGCUGGAAUGGAGGAACUACACAAUUUCAUUAGUGAAAGUGAGAAGCUGCUGGAGAGAGAGAUGGAGCCCAAUGAGCUGUAUAAGGUUAUGGCAAUUGUCCGUGACAUCCGUGCUCGCACACCAGUGACUGAUGCGAUGUUUGAGCCUGUACGCCAGACAGUGCAGCUCCUGAGGAAGUAUGGAAUCUCACCUAGUGAAACUGCUACAAAGAAACUAGAAGACGCUCCUAUGGCAUGGGCAAGCCUAAAAAAAAUGAUGUUAAAUACAAGAGAGAAACUGUCAGGGGUACAGCAGACAGAAGCAGCUAAUAUUCGGUCAACAAGUGAUAAUUUCAAGGGAAAAGUGGAUGCCUUCCGAAAGCUAUUUCAGAAGAAAGCGCCAUUUACAAUUACAGGAGACUCUCUUAACUUGGAGCAAGUUUCACAGGCAUAUGAAGUGAUUGACGCAUUUCACCACGGACCUGCUAAUGCUGUCUAUAAGUUCGGAUCUCUAGUCAGUGUCAUGAAGGAAGCUGCGGAUCUGACUGAGGCACAAGACCUUUUUGAGCUUGUGGUUGUUGAAUACAAAGAUCUUCAAAAAUGUCAGGAAGAACUUGUACUGCUGAAACAGCUAUGGGACAUGGCAGGGGUGGUGAUGUACACCUUUGACAGUUGGAAAAAGACUCCGUGGGAUAAGAUCGAUGUCGACUUUUUCUUAGAUGAAACCAAGAAGCUGGCACGAGACGUAAAGAAUCUGAACAAGCAAGUCCGUGCAUGGGAUAUGUACAAGCUUCUGGAAGAUGAGGUCAGGGCAUUGUUAACAUCACUCCCUCUUGUGGCUGAUCUCCAUCACCCAUCAAUGAGGGACCGACAUUGGAAGCAAUUGAUGCGAGGAACAGGGGUGGUUUUCACCAUGGACGAGAACUUCAGUCUUGGUGAUUUGCUCAAUUUGAAGCUUCAUGAGCAUGUGGAUGUGGUGAAUGAGAUUGUCGAUCGUGCCCAGAAAGAGCUUACAAUAGAGAGAGGACUCAAGAAGAUUGAUGAGACAUGGGUUGGCCUCUAUAUAACGUUUGUUCCAUAUGGCGACACGGGGAUGAAGCAUGUCACGAUUGAUGACCAGGUUAUUGAGCAGCUGGAAAGUGAUCAGCUGCAAUUGCAGACUAUGAGUGCAGGAAAGUAUGUCCAAGGUAAUCCAAAGUUCCUUGAGGAGGUUACCAAAUGGCAGAAAAAAUUGGCUGGAGUAGAUCAGGGCAUUCAGACGUGGCUUCAAGUGCAGAAGAAGUGGACAGCACUGGAGGCCAUAUUUAAGGGCUCAGCAGAUAUUCGCGUCCAACUUCCAGACGACAGCAAACGCUUCGAUGGCAUUGAUGCUGAUUGGAAGGACCUUAUGCAGCUGAUUAACUCAGRGCAACUGGACGGGGACGAGGACUUGGAAACCAAGGCACACCCGAUUGACUGUGACAGAUUCUACAUGAGUGAUGCCUCCGAUGGCGAAGCAUGGGACGAUGUUGAUGAGAAGGAGGGGUCAGAUCAGCUCCAUGGGUUAGAGAAGACUAACAACGAUCAUUCAGUCUUGGAUGGGGCUGUCACGAAGGGAGACACUACGUCUCCCUCUCCCCCGACUAGUGGACUUGGGACCGAUGGGGUAUCUCAGGGUGGGGUCACGGACAAGGAUAGCUCCCCCACCUAAACAUUCCUCCUCCAUUUGAGGUAAUCCUAGUCAACCCACUCRUUGAG